UAGAAGUAUUACGCGUACAGCGGUCAGUAGUCAUAUCAAACGCACGUUGUAGAAAGUUGUAGAAAGUUGUAGAAGUAUUACGCGUACAGCGGUCAGUAGUCAUAUCAAACGCACGUUGUAGAAAGUUGUAGAAAGUUGUAGAAGUAUUACGCGUACAAACGUUUUCGUCCACGCGUCCACGAUCAAUCAUGCCUAUGAUAGACAAAUACUUUGAACGUAAGUAUACGAAAUGGAAUAUUAUAGAUUUUCUUAACGAGUGCGAUAUAGAAACAUUUGAAGGCAAGAUCGAUCAUUACCUCAAAUCAUUGAGAGCUAUUGUUGAUUAUGAGGAAGGUGCCAAUCAAGACAAAGCAAGGUAUCUCCUUUAUAGAUAUAAUAAGGAUGAUCGGCCUGGGCCUGAUUACAAAGAAGCAAGAAAUUGGGAGAAGCGUACGUCGGUCAGAGCGGGAUCUUCAUUCCAUUUUCAUAACUCAACAAUCACUGGAAAUUCUCUGGGUGGCAACUCGGGGGCAAUCAAUAAUAUUAAAUUUCCAAAGGAAAGAAACCGGGAAAGAGAUCAAGAUGAGUCCGAUUAUGAUUUCAUGCCCGUACGUCAACUGAAGCGGAAGAAGCAGUUAUCCCUUCCGAAAAAGAAUAAAGAGUCAGUUUAUUCAGCGAAGAAAGCCAAAACCACGAAAGACACGCCAUCCUCAUCAUCAUCAUCAUCAUCACAAGGAGAACCAAGAUCAUCAUCAACACCAGAAGUACCAAUACCAUCAUCAUCACAAUCAUCAUCACAAUCAUCAUCACAAGGAGCACCGAACGCAUCAUCAUCAUCAUCAAUUUCGUCUAUACCACUAGUCAUUUCCGCACUAGACCCUGCGCUUCCUGGUAAUAGUCCCGAGUAUGAUAAGCCACAUACUCCACCUCAUCAAAUUUGUUCUAUAUCUGAUAACCAAGAUUUAAUUAAACGAUUAAAACAAGAAAAACUACGAGCGAAAUCCACUUAUGAGCCGAUCUGCUCAAACAUAAUCGACACAACAAAUAAGAUUUUAGUGGAUAGGUUGAAAAUUAAACGUGAUUAUAAAUGGGAUCCUGUCAUUAAUAAUGCUACAAAUUAUAUUGACGAAUUAAUCAAUAAUUCUGAUACUCGCAAUGAAUUCCGCAGAAAACUCCAGCUUCCGUUUGUUCCAUCAGAUGAAACAUAUUCAUUUAGUAAGCACUACGAAAUACAUUGGGUCCAUCGUUUCGCUGACAAACUAUCAUUGUUUUUUGAAGCUCCAAGAAAUCCGCUCUUAGAUAAAAACUCCGAGGGCUGGAUCAAUUGUCACUUAUUGACUCCGUUGAUUGACGAUUGCUUUUUGAAUUGCGAGGAGAUUCAAGUGCAUCGUGGCGAAGAGAUGUCUUUGGCAUCAAUCGAGCGUAAGAACAUGGCAAGAGAAGAUACGGAAAAAAAAAGAUCUGGACACAAGAUCGAUAUUUUAUUCCGUAUUGAUAAUAUGGAAUAUUUCGGCUCGGAAACAUACACCGAUGAAGAUCCUCAUAACUCGAAACCAAUUAACUACAAACAUAAGCUUUUUCGUGAAAUGAAGGAUCAACUAGAUCGCCUCCUGAAGAAUUUAAAAUUCACAAAGGAAUCUAUUAAAGGAGUAAAGAACAUUGUUUUACACGGAAUAACUCAUGGAGGCCUUAAUGGGAAGAUGUAUGCAAUGUACUAUGAUGCCAAUAUUGGAUACUAUUUCGUGUUUAAGAUUUGCCAAUAUCGAAUUGGAACGACAUGGGGAAGCUUUCCAGAAAGCCUCGUGGCUUUAAAAGAUGUAUUAAGUUUAAAGAAUGAUAUAACAAAUGUUCUUGGUGUUGUUAAGAAAAUAAAAAGAGUAGCGUUACAAGCAAAGCCAGAAGAUUUGUUUACUAUCGACAAUCUUCCGGAGACGACACCAACCCCGAAAAAAUCUCAAAAAGUGUAGUAUAAUUUAAUGCUAGAAUAAUGUUCUCAUUUCGCAAUAUGUAAUACUACUGCAUCUGUAAAUCUUAACUUCACAUGCAUCGGAAAAUAAAGUAUUAAUUCAUUCACCGAUAUUUGCAUCAAAAAACGUUAA